GGGGCUGGGGGAAGGUAAAGCCACACACACACACACACACACACACACUGAACUUGUUGAGCUGCAGUGAGCGACAGAAGCCGCGGAGGAACCGAGUGUUUUACUGAAGCGCGUGUUUGAGGAGAAAAUCAGAGAGGAUCUGCUGAACUACAAACUCGAGAGAGUUCCUCAGCAGUGUGUGUGUGUGUGUGUGUGCGCGCGCGCCAUCAGGAUGUGUGUGAAGUGAUUCACAGGCGCGCGCGUGAGAAACGCUUUCCUCACGAGUUUCAUGACAGUCAUGAUCUUCUUCAUAUGGAUCUGAGAUCAACACCAUCAUCAUGUCAUAGAAGUUCUUCCUCGAGUGUUUCUGGAUCAGUCCAGGAUGGGUGACUUAUAUCACAACCCGCGCGGACUUUUCCUGGAUUUUCCUCAAUCUUGUGGAAUAUUGUGAUUGUCAGUGAUGAACGCUUGAGUUUGGCGAAUGAUGAUGAUGAUGAUGAUGAUGAUGAUGGUUAGUUGGGCUUUUCUCCAAACCUGCUUGAUUCUGAUGGUGAGAUCCAACCAGUUCAGCCUCAGAGACUCCAGCAGCUGUGAGCUCCACACCGAACAAAGCCAGCUCAACUCCUUCCUGUGGACGAUAAAGCGAGACCCGCCCUCGUAUUUCUACGGCACCAUUCACGUCCCGUACACCCGCGUGUGGGACUUCAUCCCCGAGAACUCCAAAAAGGCCUUCCAGGAGAGCAACAUCGUGUACUUCGAGCUGGACCUGACGGACCCGUACACCAUCUCCGCGCUGACCAGCUGCCAGCUGCUGCCGCAGGGCGAGAACCUGCAGGACGUGCUGCCCAGAGACAUCUACCGGCGGCUGAAGAGACACCUGGAGUACGUCAAGCUCAUGCUGCCGUCCUGGAUGACGCCGGACCAGAGGGGCAAAGGCCUGUACGCCGACUACCUGUUCAACGCCAUCGCCGGCAACUGGGAGCGCAAGCGGCCCGUGUGGGUGAUGCUGAUGGUCAACUCUCUGACGGAGGCCGACAUCAAGACGCGCGGCGUUCCCGUGCUGGAUCUGUAUCUCGCGCAGGAAGCCGAGAGGAUGAAGAAGAAAACGGGAGCCGUGGAGAAGGUGGAGGAGCAGUGCCAUCCUCUGAACGGACUCAACUUCUCUCAGGUGAUUUUCGCUCUGAAUCAGACGCUGCUGCAGCAGGAGAGUCUCCGCGCCGGGAGUCUACAGGUUCCCUACACCACAGAGGACCUGAUCAAGCACUACAACUGUGGAGAUCUGAACUCCAUCGUCUUCAACCACGACACCUCGCAGGUCCCGAACUUCAAGAACGUGACGCUGCCGGCCAGCGAGCAGGUGACGGCGCAGGAGAUCGACAGCUACUUCCGACAGGAGCUGAUCUACAAGCGUAACGAGAGGAUGGGGCGACGCGUCAAAGCACUGCUCGAGGAACAACCCGACAAGAGCUUCUUCUUCGCCUUCGGAGCAGGUCAUUUUCUGGGAAACAACACAGUGAUAGACGUUCUACGGCGUGAAGGAUAUGAGGUGGAACACACACCUGCUGGACAGCCACUCCGCAGUGGCAGAAGGUCCAGCUGGAGGUCAGGAGAGCCGGCGGACGCGGACGCAGACGCACCGCUGGAGCCGUUCCUGCACGAGAGCCGCGAGCCGCGCCUGCAGGAGGACGAGGAGCUGCUGCUGGCCGACAGCCUGGAGCUGCUGGAGAAGGUGGAGCACAAGCUGAAGAAGAAACGCCGCAACAAGCAGAAGAAGCAGCGGCACCGACAGUUCAACGACCUCUGGGUGCGGAUGGAGGAGAGUGUGACAGCCGAGGCUCCGCCCCCUCUCGUCCGCAUCAUCAACGGUUACAUCACUGUCCAGACACACCCACAGGAGCAUGGCAGAGCCAAUCACGACAGGACGUUCUCAGGCUCCUCCUCCUCGUGGACGAGCCCCGCCUUCACGGCGUUGUCUCUGUGCGUUCAGAUCAUCAUCACGCGACUGCUUUAGUAAUGAUGGAUUCUGAACCACUUCCUGCUUCGUUCUGGACAAACGAAACACUUUGUUUCUUCAUUUCCUGAAGAAUCACUUCCAUGUAAAUAUCAGAUGUAUCAUAGAUGUAAUUUAGAUUUAUUAAUAAAGCGUUUGUUUGUUUACUUAUUAUAUAUAUCUAUAAAUAAGAGUCAUUAUAUUUUUGUGACUAAAUCAGCUACUAACAAGAUUAACGGGCCUUAAUCAGAAACAACAGCAAUUUCUUAGAAAUCACAAUCAUUUCCUUCAGUUCAGUGAGUUUAUAUGAGCAGAUUUAAUAAGAGAGUUUCAUGAAUGAGGCCGGUUGUGUUUUUCCUCUUGUACUUCAUGUCUUUUCGAUGAUUGUUUACAUUUUUUUGUGUAUGACAUAGAAAUGAUUCAUUUAAUUUAUUGAAUAGAUAGUUUUAGUUGCUGUAAAUGUGUUUGUUUGUUUCAGAAUGACACCGUUUAACUCAUAUUCCUGAUAUCUGGUGUAUGAGACGUUUCAGUAAUCUGUUUGUCUAUGAUCUUACAAACAAUAAACUAUUUAUGUAGUUCAA